AUGGAGCGUCUGCCUGUCAACCCUCGUCGGAACAAGAUUGCCCCAGAGUUGAGGAAGCGGGUUGCUCAAGCUUGCAACGUCAGGCGAGCAAAAUGCUCCGGGGGCCAUCCAUGUGAACGAUGUCGCAAAUCAGCGCGAGAUUGUGUCUAUCCUCAGGCCGAGCAGACAGUGUCCAUCCCACGAAGGGAACACGAUGAGCUCCGGGCCAGGUGCGCUCUUCUCGAGCAAGCACUCGCAGAAGUAAUCCCGUCUGAGAGGGAAAGGGAGAAACUGCUCCAAUAUGCUCAAGCCAAGACCGCCGCUUCAGAACAUCCUCCACCGAAUCUCGACCAUGACCUUACCGCAGAGAGUCAGCACCUUCGAGAAGGGCGAAUAUUGACGGACCCGGACGGCACCAUACGCUAUCUAGGUGAAUCUUCCGGUGCCACUUUUCUGAACCAUUUACGAGAAUACAUGGCAACCGUGUUUCCGCUGGCUUUUGAGGCAGCUUGGCCGGGGUCGGCGAACCCGGAUACAACAGCUUUCAUAUCCGCGCUCGGCCGGUACCAGACCCACGACAGUCGCCCACUCUUGACCUCAGCUGUGGACCCUCUCAUCCUAGCCACUAGAGAGCAAGCUGCGGCGAUGCUUGCGGAGUUUCGAGAAUCGGCUCAGGACGGUCGAGGCGCAGCCGGGUCUGGUGGCAUCUACUACUGGGGGGAUAGCGAAGCUGUCCUGAAAGACUACCUAGCUUAUGUGGACGGGGUUAGGACACUCGAAGUGAACCAAAAUGUCGUGGCUGCCAACGCCAUGUUCGCCGUUGCCUGCCAGUUGAAUUCAAAUUGUGCGCCUGACUGGGAACCCGGCUUCGGACAGACCUUCUUUGCUAGAGCCAGACACCUGGUUGGGAACCCUCUUGAUGCCUCGAUGAUCAACGAUGCCACUGUGCUAGCCCUUCUGGGGUUUUACCUGCUGAAUAGCAACCGUCGAGAUGCCGCAUAUAUCUACAUCAGUGUGUCCAUGCAUAUCCUCAUCGUCCAUGGAGUCCACCGCGCGUGGAUGGUUGAUGAACGUGGCAAACGGCUGUUCUGGACCGUUUAUGUGCUUGACCGAUGGCUGAGUUGUCUGAUGGGAAGACCGGCACUCGUCCCAGAUGAGGCGAUCAAGUUGGAUCUGCCUCGAGAAACCGCCAAUUUACCACCAGCGGCCGGUCUCCGCGCACACGUCGAGCUUGCCAGGAUUUCAAACUAUAUUGUCUCCAAUGUCUAUGACGUUGCACGCGAGGAGCCUCUCAUGAGUACUCUGUGCAUUCAGAAGUCUCUGAGCUUGUUGACGUCUUGGUCUGACACUCUUCCGACACCGGUGCAAGGCAGGGACGAAAACUUCAAUAGCGACCAGGCUGUAGUUGAGCUGCACAUGGCGAAGAAUCAGCUCAUUGUCCUCGCAGUGCGUCCUUUGCUCUUCAUCAACGUCAAGACGGUCACUGCGGAAAUGCUUCUCAAUGCCCGAACAACUGGUCAUCAGAUAUCAAACAAGUCCGAGCUCGAUCUCUGCGCCGAUGCUGCCAGACGCAACGUGCAUCUCUGGAAUACGCUACUGAGUUUGCAACGACCUGCAAGACUGUCUGUUUCGAGCGUCCACUAUCUGUUCAAUGCCGCUCUCGCAUUGCAAUUGUAUCGACUCCUAGCCGAUAACGACGCUCAAGGUGACUAUGAUGCAAUCAGCUUUGUUAUUUCUGUGCUUGGUGUGGACGAGGGCAGCAACAGGGCCUAUGCCAAAGAUUGCGCACAGGUGCUUGCAGAUUUCGGAUCGCUCAUGAACAGAUUAGGCAGUGUCGACUUGUCAAAGACAGCUUCCAGGGGAGGAGAUCUUCGAGCUAAUGGACAAGGUCUGCCAUCUCAUUCCGCCAUUGUCCUGUCUUCGAGCAACGGGGCCAGCUCAACAAGCUACGCAGAGUCGUAUCGCCACUCGCAAGUCAGCCCAGGGUCCACACAUGGCGACAUAGACGCCACACGAUUGAAUGCAUCAACUACGUAUGACCGCCGUGCCUACAAUGAGUUGCUUUCGUGGCUGGAGACCGACAAUCUGCAGCAUCAGUUCGACUUUCCACACCGAUUUGGCUGA